CUAUGCGUGUCAUGUGAUCCCUCCCACAAUGGGCUGUACAACAGUCAACAGGCACAUAAAUCACUAGAUAUGGCAAAACACCUUGUGCCGCAGGUUUGCGACAAAGCUGACUCGGACAGUGUGCGAGCAUUGAUAGUGUUGGUGAGUCCCAUGGCUUGA